AUGGGGCACAAGAUGGUCAGCCGCCUGGGCGUGUCCCGCAAAAGGAAUCCGGUGAUUGGCCAGAAGGGGGCAAGGCGGAGAACGCGGAAAGGCCCGAGGCGGAGGCGUGCCACUUCGGAGGGCGUGGCCACGCAGGGGCGUGGCCACAAGGGGCGGGCUCUAGGUCACGCGAGGUCAGAGCCGGGAGGAAGCCAGGUCUCUCGGCUGCUGGGGGCAUUUCACAGCCCAAAACAGGUGACCAGAGCUUUUGCUGGUGGCGUUCAGACAGUAACUUUAAUUCCAGGAGAUGGAAUUGGCCCUGAAAUUUCAGCUGCAGUUAUGAAAAUUUUUGAUGCUGCCAAAGCGCCAAUCCAGUGGGAGGAGCGGAAUGUCACUGCCAUUCAGGGACCUGGAGGGAAGUGGAUGAUCCCGCCAGAGGCCAAGGAAUCCAUGGAUAAGAACAAGAUGGGCCUGAAAGGCCCUUUAAAGACCCCAAUCGCAGCUGGUCACCCAUCUAUGAAUUUACUGCUACGUAAAACAUUUGACCUUUACGCCAAUGUCCGGCCAUGCGUCUCAAUCGAAGGCUACAAAACCCCUUACACUGACGUGAAUAUUGUCACCAUUCGGGAGAACACGGAAGGAGAAUACAGUGGUAUUGAGCACGUGAUUGUCGAUGGAGUCGUGCAGAGCAUCAAGCUCAUCACCGAGGAGGCGAGCAAGCGCAUCGCUGAAUUUGCCUUUGAGUAUGCACGGAACAAUCACCGGAGCAAUGUCACAGCUGUGCACAAGGCCAACAUCAUGAGAAUGUCAGAUGGACUUUUUCUGCAGAAAUGCAGGGAAGUUGCAGAAAAUUGCAAAGAUAUUAAAUUUAAUGAGAUGUAUCUUGACACAGUAUGUUUGAAUAUGGUUCAAGAUCCAUCCCAGUUUGAUGUUCUUGUUAUGCCAAAUUUGUACGGAGACAUCCUUAGUGACCUGUGUGCAGGAUUGAUCGGUGGUCUUGGUGUGACCCCAAGUGGCAACAUCGGAGCCAACGGGGUGGCCAUCUUCGAGUCGGUUCACGGGACGGCCCCCGACAUCGCAGGCAAGGACAUGGCCAACCCCACCGCCCUCCUGCUCAGCGCUGUGAUGAUGCUGCGCCACAUGGGGCUUUUUGACCAUGCUGCGAGGAUCGAGGCCGCAUGCUUCGCCACAAUCAAGGAUGGAAAGAGUUUAACGAAAGAUUUGGGAGGCAAUGCCAAGUGCUCCGACUUCACGGAAGAAAUCUGUCGUCGGGUGAAAGAUUUAGACUAACAUUCACCAGUGGUGUACGCUGGAGUCACUCCUAAUGGACAUCACCGCGUAAACGUCCCUGUAGGCGCCUGCCAUUUUGUGUGCAUUUGGUUUGCUUGUUUCUUGACAGAGCACAUUUUAAAAUCUGGCCUUUUCUUAACCAGUCUGUGCAAAGGAUACAGGGGAUGUCUCUGACCUGCUUUCAAAGGACUUUUUCCAAGUGCUUGUUUUAUUUAUUAAAUGUCUAUCUGGUAAACAUUGUUUUGUAAACUAAGUGGACUGUAUCAUUUGCCAUUGUUAACCAUUUUACAUUUUAGUUUAAAUAAUUUUUCUCAACUGUAAAUAUUAAGAUACAGAAUUAUUAAGAGAAAACAUACAACUUUUUAAACAAAAGUCCUGUCUUUGGUUUAUGCAAAACAUAGUGGAAAUAAAACAGGACAUUGACAUAAUAGCACAAGAUGACAUUCUUAUAAAGCUAAAUGGGCAUAGAGAAAUUUCCUAGGAAAGUUCACAUGUAAAACAGGAAAAUGGUAUAUUUCUUAGCAAUACGGAAAAUACAGACAAAUGUUCCCUUUACAUGAAUUAUUAUGAAUAAAAAUUUCAGAUCCAAGAAAUAUAUGAUGAGCAAUAUAAUUUUGUUAAUAAGAUACAGAUAACAUACAGUGUAUGGAGUCCCCCAUGUGUCAUGUUUUUCGUGACUUUACAUUGAGGUUUAACACUGUGUGGCUCCAGAUGAAGCCAUGGGUGGUGCCACCUUCUCCCUGGUUGCACUGUCACCAUUGCAUCAUCAAGGCCCCCAGCCCUGUCCUACCUGAGCUGGGCCAGGAGCUGACCCUGUCAUGUUCCCUCUACCGUCACAGCAGGGAGAUGGCUCCAUUCUCGCUGCUACUGCUGGGCGGCGCUGCUCGGGGUCUGGUCCCUGGAGUUGGAGCUGCAGUUGAGGAACCCAGGGUGCCAGCUAUUGAAUUCACAUCUCAGCCGCUGCCCUUUCGCCUCCU